CACUAUUGAGUGGUCAUUAUUAAGACGUGUGAUAGCGAUCUGGACAUGUUCGUACACGGAUAGAUUUGACCAGUAUGUAGUGAUCGGAAAGCGUGGCAUAUUCGUUAACUAAUGCAGAUCAAUUACGUGUAAAAUUGUGUAACGUACUGUAUCAUAUCUAUAUUAGUGAAGCAUAUGGUUAUCUGUGAAACAUCUUGUGUAAAAAUUCUGCAUGUAUUUGGAGGAAAUCAUAACAUUUAAGCUUAAAGAAUAGAACAAUCGCCAUGGAAACAGAACCUGUAGUUUAUCUGGACAUUUUCAGUCGAAUAAGAACGUUAUAUGAAGAGCAACGCUUCACAGAUAUCACCAUUAUGGUAGAAAACCAGUCGUUUCCGUGUCACAGGAUAAUACUCUCUGCUGCCUCAAGAUAUUUUGAUGCCAUGUUUUCAGCAAACAUGAAAGAAUCCGAAAUGGACGAAAUUUAUUUGCACGAUAUAAAGGCAAACACUUUAAAAGAUGUUCUUGCAUUCGUCUAUUGCAAUAAGGAUAUUAUUACUCAAGAAACAGCGGAAGACAUAAUAAGAACGGCAUCAAUGCUACAAAUCGACAGCCUUCAAAAACAAUGUGAACACUUCAUGGCGAGAAAUAUCAACACUGAAAAUUGUGUAGGUCUUUGGGCACUCGCACGAAAUUUAAAUUACAAGAAAUUAAAAGAAAAGAGCUAUCCUUGUAUUUUGAGUAAUUUUUUGGAAGUCUGUGAGAAUGAAGAAUUUCUUCUUCUUGAAAAAAAUGACUUGAUUGAAAUUAUUAAAGAUGACGGAUUAAAAGUUAUAGACGAGGACGUCGUGUGUGAAGCAGUGUUUAAGUGGAUUAGAUUUGACGAAUGUAGCCGAAAACAUAAUCUUCCAGAAAUAUUCCAGCAUCUGAGACUAACACAAGUUAGUAUAGAUUAUGUUCUAGACGAGUUAGACACAAAUCCAUUGGUUGCCGAAUUCAAAAGUUGUGUUAGUGCCGUCAAAACUGCCAUAAAGUAUCAUGCCAUGCCAGCAAGAAGACAGACACUGACAAAUGUCAAGGACGAAUUCAGAUGUGUUUCCAAUAAAACUCAUCUGAUCACCGUACUUGGUCGGCGAUACAGAAAAGGUGGCGAAACAUCAUUAGAGUUCAUUGGUUACAAUAUAAAGGAAAAGAAAUGGGUAUCAUUACACAACCACGCCCUUCCAUAUGACAUAGGCGAAGACUUCGCCGUAUGUUCGUUUGGCGAUGACAUAUUCGUUACCGGUGGCACGAAAACCAUGGAAACGUGUCUCAGAUAUUCGUCUAAAUUCUCACAAUGGAGAGAAAGGUCUAAACUAUGUAAAGGUCGGUACCGCCAUGCUAUGGUGGCGUUGAAGAACUCACUAUACGUAAUUGGCGGAUACAACUUUGGAACUCUGAGCUCUAUCGAAGAAUAUGAUAUGGGAAUUGAAACCUGGAAAAAAGUAGGCGAACUACAACAUGGAGUUGAUGCCACAUCAGCAGCGGCUAUUGGUGACAACUUAUAUGUGUUUGGUGGAUGGCUAGGAUUUGCACAAGAAACCGCAGCAAUUCAGUGUUUUGAAACAAAAACAAAGACCAGCUACCAAAUAGGAACUCUUCCUCAUCCAUGUAAAUAUACAAGAGCAAUAUCAGUGAAUAAUCGUAUCCAAAUUAUCAGUCCACAGGGAGAACUUAUUUCAUUCACUCCUAACGACGGUUCAAAAAUCAUCAGUACCGUAAAAGACUUUUCCAGGAGGAAUUUCGGGGUUUUUGUAAAUGCGGAUGGAGUGCAUAUUUUCGGUGGCGAAAAAGAAACCUCAACUGAUAGUGCUGAAGGCGACAUUUGUGACGAUGUUAUACUUGUGACGGAAACACAGAGCGAGAAGCUUAAAUCAAUGAAACUUCCUGUUCCCAUGGAGGUCUACGGCUGUAUACGAACAGUUGUUGACAAGAAAUAUUCUUUAGUAGAUUUUCAAAAGACUCUUUUAGAGUUUGAUAUAUAAACUAAUUAAAACUGUGUCUUAGUUUGCAAAGGCUCUGUUUGAGUUUGAUAUAUAAACUGAGGUUACAGCUGUCUCUAACUUUGCAUACUCUCGUUUUGGAGUUUUGAUACCUAUAAACAAAACGGUCUCUGACUAUGCAGAGACUCUCCUUUUUGAGUUUGAUAUAUAACCUAAGCUGUCUCUAACGUAACAAAGACUCUCUUUGUGGUUUAAUGUACAAACUUUACUGUCUCAUUUUGGCUUAGAAAAAAAAUAUGAAAGCAUUGAAACG